AUGGACGGCGACGACCGCGGCGCGCUGGAGAACGGCGACUGCGAGGCGGCGCGGCAGACCGGCGACAUCACCUUCAGCGCCGGCGUAAGCCCCGCCCCCGGCCUGCAGAAGAGGCAGCUGCUGUGGCAAAACGCCGUCAGAAACGUCAUCCACCGACACAACCUGUACUCGCUGAGGCUCGCCGGAGGCCUGGAGAGAGGGAGGCACCGCAUCACCGUCACCGACGCCUACAUCGCAGACAUCAACAGGCAGAUCCGCAACAAGGCGUCUCGAGGAGCGUUCUGGCAGAAGCGGCGCUCGUCGGCGGCUCGUAUCCACCCGGCGAUGCCGAGGAUCGCGACGGCGGCGCAGACGAAACACCAGUCUCUCAGCGACGCCGACUUCUUCGUGUCGCGGGGGUCGACGGUGCGAGGCGUCUUCAUCCCCGCGCUGCAACACACAUUCAAGUCUGCAGACUUGGAGCAGCUGUACCAGCAGUUUUCGUCCGGUCAGAGAAGAACCUCGCUGGUCGUCACCAACGAGCUUAGAAAGGCCUCGUGGAUUUGAGGGAAUCUGGUCAUCAGGUUUUGGUAGUACUCCGUGGUGACCUCGUUGACCGGUGCUGGUCUUCCCUCCUCUUUUCACUGCUACUGGAGUACUGGAGUACUGAGUACUGAGUACCUGUACCCAGUUGCACUGUUACUUCAGUCCAGGACUGUGUGUGCCAGGUACCUGUCUGUGGUGAGCUGGUUGUCUCAGACGGUCCAGGUCUUGGUCGGGGUUUUCAGUUGGGCGGAGAGCGACCGCUCCUGGUACAUCUUCUUCACCCUGUUCUCCACCUACACCCUGCUGCCCCUCCCCCUCCUCUGGUCCAUCGUCGCCGGGGCAACCACCUCCACCCUGCAUCUCCUGGUGGACGUCUGCUGUCACUACGGCGACCACACCUCCAUCAGAAAGGUGUUGUCGAAGGCCUCGCUGUACCUGGCUAUGAACACGGCGGGCCUGUUCAUCCACUACCUGUCGGAUCGGACUCAGAGACAGGCCUUCCUGGAGACCAGACGCUGCAUCGAGGGACGGGUCCGACUGGAGAGAGAGAACCACAGACAGGAGCGUCUGGUCAUGUCCAUCCUGCCCCGUUUUCUGGUUCUGGAGAUGAUCGCCGACAUGGCCGCAGCGGACGAAUAUCUGCUGCCGCAGCAGUUCGACAAGAUCUACAUCCACCACUACAGAGACGUCAGCAUCCUGUUCGCAGACAUCAUCGGCUUCACUUCGCUCUCGCUGAUUCUCUCGGCUCAGGAUCUCGUCAAAACUCUUAACGAACUCUUCGGUCGCUUCGACAGGCUGGCCGAGGAGCAUCAGUGUUUGCGUAUCAAGAUCCUGGGGGACUGUUAUUACUGUGUGUCCGGAGUCCCAGAGCCUCAGAGAGGACACGCUCGCUGCUGUGUGGAGAUGGGCCUCAGCAUGAUCAACACCACACGUUACGUUCGUCGGGAUCUGCAGCAGGAGGUGGACAUGAGGAUCGGCGUCCACUCCGGGUCGGUUCUUUGUGGUGUUCUGGGUCUUCAGAAGUGGCAGUUUGACAUCUGGAGCUGGGACGUCGACAUCGCCAACCGCCUGGAGGCUGCAGGAGUGCCGGGGCGGGUUCACAUCUCCCGGGCCACUCUGGACUGUCUGGGCGGGGUCUACGAGACGGAGGCGGGGCACGGCCGGGAACGCAACGAGUUUCUGCGGAGACACAACAUCGACACGUACCUGAUCCGCCCGGCGCCGCGGGAGGAGGCCAAGCCGCCCAAAGUGAGACGCCCGAGUUAUGACGAGAUGACGAGCUGGAGCGCGGAGCCGCCGUUCGGAGACAUCCUGGGGAUGAGUUUUAUCCUCGCCACUUUCACCAACGGCUCACUGACCCAGCUGCCAGAUCAGGUCGCGGCUCAGAGGUCGGGAUCGCGAGAGGUCAACAAGAGGAUCCGCCAGGCCAUGGAGGUUCGCAGCAGCGAGCGCAUGAGGAAGGAGCACAUCACCACCUUCGCUCAGGUGUUCAAGGACGCCCACAUGGAGGGAAAGUACUCCCAAAUGAGAGACGAACUCUUCAAGUCCAACAUGGUUUGUUCUUUCAUCGUGCUGCUGCUGCUGAUGGCCGCCCAAGCGCUGAUCCCCGCGCCACGGUCGUGUCCGAUGGUCGCUCAGUUCGUGAUCAGUGGAGCUGUUUACUCUCUGCUCCUGUUGCUCACCCUGGGGGAGGAGUUUAAGCGCUGCCCCGCCCCUCUUCAGUCUCUCUGCUGCUGGGUUCACGAAACCAAGGCCGCCCGGACGCUGCUCACGCUCACCGCCAUCACCGUCAACUUCGGAGUCGCCUCCUCGGACAUCCUGUGGUGUGAUUCGUCAGACACCCACAUUAACAGAAGUGACUCGCUACUGGCUCCGCCCACCUCCACCUGGCCUGACGUCAACAUCUGCACACAUCCAGAGUACAUGGUGCUGAGCGGCGUGGUUGCCAUGGUUACCUGUGCGGUGUUCCUCAGGUUGAGUUGCGUGUUGAAGCUGGCCGUCCUCCUAUUGGCCACCGCCCUCUACACCUACCUCAUAGAGACACACAGGUCUCAUCACCUGUGUAGGAACGGAGUUUGUGUCGUUCUCAUGGUGAUGUUCGUGGUGGCCGUUCUCUACAACAGCAGACAGCUGGAGGCGACGGCCCGGCUGGACUUCCUGUGGCGUCUCCAGGCGAGAAGGGAGGUGGAGGACAUGAAGGAGCUGAGGGAGCACAAUGAGUGUCUGCUGCUCAACAUCCUGCCCGUCCACGUCGCCCGGCACUUCCUGGAGAGAGACCGCAGCGACGAGGAGUUGUACUCGCAGUCGUACGAGCGCGUCGGCGUCCUCUUCGCCUCUCUGCCGGGUUUCUCCGACGUCUACGAGCAGAAGGAGCUCCUCCAUCAGCACGUCGAGUGUCUUCGCCUCCUCAACCACAUCAUCACCGACUUCGAUGAGCUGCUGGAUGAGUGUUAUUUCCAGGAGGUGGAGAAGAUUAAAACCAUCGGUAGUUCCUACAUGGCAGCUUCUGGUCUCUCUCCUGAAAGACAGGAGAGCGAGGACGGCUGGCAUCACCUCACUGAGCUGGUUCUGUUCGCUCUGGCCAUGCAGGAAACACUCAGACACAUCAACACACACACGGGAAACCGCUUCCAGCUCAGAGUCGGUAUCACUCACGGCCCCGUGAUCGCAGGUGUGAUCGGUGCCACCAAACCUCAGUACGACAUCUGGGGGACGACGGUGAACAUGGCCAGCAGGAUGGAGAGCACCGGAGUCAGCGGGAGGAUACAGGUCCCAGAGUCCACCAGCUGUAUUCUGGUCGAGCGAGGCUUCCUGCGGCAGCUCAGAGGGAACGUUUACGUCAAAGGCAUCAGUGAACGUCACGGCACGGUUCGCACGUUUUUCAUGAGCAGCCAGGAGGAACGGUCCAGUUUCAUGGAGCGCGCUGGCGGUCGGGGAUUCGCUCCGAACAGGAACACACUGGGAGCUGUGGUCUACAGCCUGGUUCAUGCCAGGAAGAGGGAGAAACUGAGGGAGGAGAACGGGGGCUUUCACCUGGUGGAGGCAUCGUAGGAGGAGGGAGGAUCGGACGUCCACGGCGCUUCUUAAAGGCAGGUGUGAACGCGCUGGCUCGGGAAUAAGAGGUCAAAGGGCGCAAAAGGAGGAUAAUCACGCCAAAGGUCCCAUAAUGCUUUGAGGGAUCUAAACAGUGAAUGAAUUCAGUGAGUUAG